AUGGCGAAAGUAAAUAUCCCUUGUGUCGCUGCAUUUGACAAUGUUGUCGCUGAGUCUUUGGACACGUCUGUAGGUCCAAAAUGGGAAGCGUGGAUUAAGCGUUUCGAGAAUUAUGUCGUAGCCCUGUCCGUGUCGUCGGACGCGCAAAAACGUGCAUUGCUCCUACAUGCUGUAGGGCCGCAUUGCUUUGAAAUAUUUGACAGUCUACCUGAUACUGGAACUACUUACGCACAUGCCAAAGUGGCUCUGUCGAAUCAUUUUAGGCCUAAAGUUAAUAUUGAAUAUGAGAGGGCUGUAUUUAGACGUCUUAGGCAGAAGUCAGACGAGAAACUAGAUUCCUACCAUACCCGACUAAGGAAGGCGGCCGGUACAUGUAACUUUCAAAGUAUUGACCAAGAACUGAAGUCGCAUAUUAUCCAAACAACUACUGACUCGAAGUUGAGAAAACAGUGCCUUAAGGAAGACGGACUUACGCUAGCAGAAAUUCUACAAAUUGGAAG